AAUAUAUAUGUUGGCUAGUCGCUAGAGAGACUCAAAAGAUAUUUCAGAUAUCAACAAAAUGUGCCAUUUAAAUUUGUUAUCACCAACAUCAGUGUCCUUAUACUGGUUAUAUGGCUAUUUGGCGAUUGUAAGUGGAUGUGUGAGGCAACUUAUAGUUGAAGUCGAAAUUUUGGUCCUUACAUAUAUCAGAAAUGUUCUAACUGCAAUACAAGACAUGAACUUUUUUGAUGUUUACAAAUAUAAGACAAAGCGUAAAUGUGCUUCAGGUCCAUCUCCUUGGCCGAUACUGGGAAAUCUUAUUCACAUUGCCAGUUACGAUUCUCCAUACAAAGGCUUUUCGGAAAUGGCAAAAAAAUUUGGUGGCUUGUACAAUUUGAGUCUUGGUAUGAGGCGCUGCGUAGUUGUGAGCAGUAUGCAACUGAUAAGUGAAGUAUUGAAUUCUAACGGAAAACAUGUUGGCGGUCGACCGGACUUUAUUCGAUUUAAUGUGCUUUUUGGUGGCAAUAGAAGUAAUUCUUUAGCUCUGUGCGAUUGGUCGCAACUUCAACAAAAACGAAGAAAUUUGGCCAGAAAAUAUUGCUCACCGCGCAAUGGAAGCCAUUUUCUCAAAAGCAUAACUGACGUUGGCAGGUUUGAGGUCCACGAACUUCUUUUUCAAAUGCAUCGUUUGGUUGGUGAAAAUAAUGAGCCAAUUAUUUUAAAGCCAUUAAUUCAACGAGCAUGUGCUAAUAUGUUCAGUAGCUACAUGUGUUCUACAAGAUUUGACUAUAAUGACAUCGAGUUUCAAAAUAUUGUUCACUGUUUUGAUGAAAUAUUUUGGGAAAUUAAUCAGGGUUACAUAAUUGACUUCUUGCCUUGGCUGGGCCCACUUUACUACAACCACUUGAAAAAAAUUAUCAAAUGGUCUGAGGAAAUCAGAACAUUUAUCUUAAAGAGAAUUAUUUUAAAAAAGGAAAAUAACAUCAAAUCGUCUGUAACAGAUAAUGAUUUUGCAGAAGCUAUCCUCAAAAGCUUGUCGGCGGAUGAGGGCAUAACAAGAGAAAAUGUCAUAUACAUGCUUGAGGACUUCAUCGGAGGACAUUCGGCCAUUGGCAACUUAAUAAUGCUGACAUUAGCCUACAUUGUGAAAAAUCCUGAAAUUGGAAAAAAUAUUCAGACAGAAAUUGACAACACACUUGAUAACUGCCCCAGGCUUAUUACUCAAAAAGAUGCAAGUGCAAUGCCGUAUACAAUGAGUACAAUUUACGAAGUUUUACGAUUUUCUUCUUCGCCUAUAGUACCACACGUUACAACAGCUGACAUAGAAAUUGGAGGUUACGAUGUACCAAAAGGAACCAUUGUUUUCCUAAACAACUAUGACCUAAAUACAAACCCAAUAUACUGGAACAAUCCCGAAGAAUUUGAUCCAAAAAGAUUUAUUGUUUCGGAAGGAACUAAGUCCAAUUUGAAUGCAUCCAAUAAUGAAACCGAGCGUAUUAGAACAUCGAUACCGCACUUUUUGCCAUUUAGUGUUGGCAAACGUACAUGCAUUGGCCAAAGUUUGGUUAAAGGGUUCUGCUUCAUCAUAAUCGCAAAUAUAAUGAAUACUUUCAAUGUAUCUUCCAAUGACGUUUCGCAAAUAAAAACAUAUCCUGCAUGCAUUGCCCUACCUGUGGACACAUUUUCGCUCACCGUUACCCCGCGAAAUCCAACAGUAAUGUAAGAGUGUUAUUCCAAUAUCUAUCUCUUCGCCAAGUGAACGCCAACCUGAAUUUAUAUAAUUCAAUUUUCUAUAUGUACCAGAUUUAAAUGUAUUUAAACCACAUUAUAAAUGCCUGGUGCCAAAUACAAAAAUAAUUAAAAUAAAAAAAGCUUAAAUUUGUCCACUGCUAAAAAUUUAAUUUAUACAAAACUAAGCAAAAAAUAUA